AUUUAUGCUUACCAAAUGGACUUUUCUCUUCCUGGUGUAACUCAGGUGUAAUGUCCUUGCUAAGACCUCUUUUGCUGGAUGUCGUCCCAACGAUUCAACAGACUGCUGCUUUGGCUCUUGGGAGACUGGCCAACUGUAACAAUGACCUGGCAGAAGCAGUUGUGAAAGGAAACAUUCUUCCACAGCUCGUGUGUUCAUUGUCUGAGCAGAAUCGUUUCUACAAGAAAGCAGCUGCAUUUGUGCUAAGAGCAGUUGGUAAACACUCUCCUCAGCUAGCUCAGGCAAUAGUUCAGUGUGGAGCACUGGAAAUGCUUGUAAUUUACUUGGAAGAUUUUGACCCUGGAGUCAAAGAAGCUGCAUCUUGGGCACUUGGGUAUAUUGCCCGACACAAUUCAGAACUGUCACAAGCUGUGGUGGAUGCAGGCGCUGUUCCUCUUUUAGUGCUCUGUAUCCAGGAGCCAGAAAUCGCUUUGAAAAGGAUUGCUGCUUCAACUCUCAGUGAUAUUUCAAAGCAUUCUCCAGAGUUAGCACAGACAGUAGUGGAUGCAGGAGCUAUCGCUCACUUAGCUCAGAUGAUCCUGAACCCUGAUGCUAAACUGAAGCGUCAGGUGCUGUCAGCGCUAAGCCAAAUAGCAAAGCAUUCGGUGGCUCUUGCAGAAUUGGUGGUUGAAGCAGAAAUUUUCCCAGUUGUGCUCACAUGCCUGAAGGACUCAGAUGAAUAUGUCAAGAAAAAUGGUGCAACUUUAAUUAGAGAGAUAGCAAAGCAUACGCCUGAGCUUUCACAGCUGAUAGUAAAUGCAGGCGGAGUUGCUGCUGUGAUUGAUUGUAUUGGCAGCUGCAGAGGGACUGUCAGACUGCCUGGCAUCAUGAUGCUUGGUUAUGUAGCAGCUCAUUCGGAGAACUUGUCAAUGGCAGUGAUUGUCUCCAAGGGAAUACCACCACUGUGUGCCUGCUUGCUAGAAGAACAUGAAGAUCAUAUUAAAGCAGCAGCUGCUUGGGCCUUGGGACAGAUUGGAGGACAUACUCCUGAGCAUGCACGUGCUGUUGCAGUAGCAAAUGUGCUGCCCACACUGCUUGCUAUGUAUAUGGACACACACAGUUCAGAAGAUCUUCAAAUGAAAACUAAAAGAGCCUUAAAGAACAUCCUUCAGAAAUGCACGUAUCUCCCAGCACUUGAACCACUGCUGCAUGAUGCCCCUCCCAAUAUUAUGAAACACAUUGUUGGGCAGUUUAGUAAGGUGUUACCACAUGACAGUAAAGCACGUCGUCUCUUUGUAACAACCGGGGGACUUAAAAAGGUUCAAGAAAUAAAAGCAGAACCUGGGUCAGUUCUUCAGGAAUAUAUCAACACUAUUAACAAUUGCUACCCAGAGGAAAUAGUAAGGUAUUAUUCCCCUGGAUAUUCUGAGAUACUUCUGGAAAGGGUGGAAAAUUACCAUCCAGUUUUAUAAACUUCAAUUUUUAUUAGAGCUGUAUUUCACAUUGAUGCCUUUAUGACUGUAAUACAAAUACAGCUGUUGAAACUCUUGUUUGAUUCUGAAAUCUCCUUCUACUGUCUGAACUACUGAAAGAGCUCAGAAAUUCUAGCAAGCUACAUUUUGUUCUUUAUAAAGUUGUUUGUUGCUAA